ACGUCAAUUAGGGCGGUUUCCCCUUCCCUUGGAAAACCCUAAUUUGGUUCCGCUUGUUUUGGGUGAUCGGAGCAACAAUGGCGAAGUCUAUGAGAUCGAAGAGAGAGAAGAGACUGAGGGCUAUUCGAAGAGAUAUAGUGCAGAAGGAGACUUUCCAUCAGAAGAAAGAAGAUGCCAAGCUCGCCGCUCUUGAAGCUGCCCUCGCGGCCCCAAAGUUGCCCGUUCGUCAACCUCCGACUUCUCCGUUCAUGGAGGUUACGCCCUCAACUUCUAAUCCCGCCGACGAAUCCUCCUCUGCUGCCGGUCCAGGCGCCAACGAUAUGGACGUGGAAAGUGCUGACGAGAAACAAAACAAGUCGUUGAAGCCGAUCGGCAAGAAGCUGAAGAAGAAAUUCAAAUUGGGGAAGAAGAACCGCCGUGGCAAGGGUCUCCUACGGGGGAAGAAGCAUAUCUAAUCUACGCAAUUCUGAGAGCCAGUCUCCCUUUCGUUUCUUAUGCAAUAUUUCUGAAAAUGUAGCAUUCCUUUGUUUUGUGGUUUUCUUGGAUACAAUAUCUUCUUCCGUAUUGAUAUCAAGAAAAUCAGUUGUCGUCUGAGAAGAAAUCUUUUAACUAUA